AUGAAGUAUAAUACCUUUAACGAAAUAAAUUCAGAAAUUAGUAUAAAUGAAGACGUAACCUUUUCAAGUGAUGAGACUGUAGACCCAACUUUAAUAAAAGGAAGACAUAUAAUACACCACAAGCGGGCAAAUGAAAACUUUGCUUUUAUUCCAAAUGAUUUAACUGUAAAAGGAGAAACAGAAAAUUUGCAAGAACAACUGUCAGUUCUAGAUGACUUCAAAAUUAUAUUGUUUGGAUGCAUUGGAAUAAGAACUUACAAAAUAUUUUCCUAUGUAUAA